AUGGCUAUAGAACCAGGAGUUAACAUUGCACAACAAAUGUGGGGACAUUUGUGGAUAGAUCUCACCAAGGGCAACAACUUCUGUUCUUGUCACAAAAUCACCAAAGAAGCUCCACAUGGGCUACCAGAUUAUAGAAUUAAAAUGUAUCCCAGUGGUGAAGAUAAAAUUUUAAUCAGCUUUGAACCAGAUCCCAAUGUGGAACACAUCUUACUCUGGUGUGAUCAGGGUCAGAGUCCUAGAUGCAAACUUACUCCAGAUAAUGAAUGCCAAAAAACAACGCUUCGGGAGGGUUACAGUUCUAAAGUAUUUAAAGAUAUUAAACCAUGCCAUAAUUAUACGUUACAGAUAUGUCCCCAGGGUGAAGAUAGUAUCACUCAGAUGUUUCAAGUUUUUAUACCAGAUUUGUCAUUUUCAUCUUAUCAAAAUCCAUCUGACAAUAAACAAGUUCAUGUUAUAGAUAUAUCAAGUGGUUUGAAAUCCUCAUCCUUACAGCCAACCUCAACUGAAUCAGAAUCGUCUAAUACAUAUAUCAUCUGGAUAGUUGUUGGAUCUCUAACCCUAUCUUCAUUCAUCGUUUCAUUUCUUCUAUACAGAAAAUUUGCGUCAGGUGGUAGUAUCAAAUGUCCUUGCAAAGAAAUGAAAAGGAAAAUUCUAUUACAUUUCGACACAUUUACGUCUUCAGAUACUUGUGAUAUUAAGAUGGGAAGAAGCAUCGAAGAGGAAACUCGUGUUCUAGGUUCAAGAGAUACCCCAACUGUACCUAUAUUUUACUAUCCAGACAAUAAUAGUCACUCGGACAAGGACAUCUUAAGCAACGAUGACUUCGAAAUGUUCGGUGUAUUGUUCAUCAUAAAUUCAAAAGGAUUGCACCAGUUUCUGCCUUGUUUAAAAUUCCAAAAUAAGUCCUCUCCAAAGAAACAAACAGUGGUUCGUUAUUUAAAAGAGAGACACAAUAAGGUAUUUAUUUUGGAAUUAUGUGACGAUGAGAAAUCCGAUAUUAGCGAUAUCCAAACAUUAUUAGACUUAGACAAUGUCAUUCAAUUAAAUGAUGGCAAGGCGGAUGACUCCAUCAAACAUAUAUUAAAUCUUCUUAAGGAUCAAGAUUUGGGAAAUCAGACAUUUUCAAAGAAAUUAGAGGUUCAGACAUCUUUAGAUGGUGGGUAUUAUUCAGGAGAUAAAUUUCCACAGCCAAUAAAAACAUUUUUCCCGCCAGAAUUGGUGUCAGCCGACAGUGAAGGCAGCAUCAAUGAUCGACUUGCCGCUAUUAAUAAAAGAUGUUCAAAAUAUUAUUGUGAAGAGGGUGUUUAUGAAGUUGACUAUUUGGGAGCCACUUUUACUGUUCAUCAAGCUGCAGAUUCCUUAAGUGUCUGA